GCAGUGCACCACGCCAGAUAUUUGACUGCUUUCUCCAGCGUCCGGCUUCGCCAUUAUAACACCACCGGGCCUGUUUGUUUCUCUACGGCUGGCGCGUACGGGCGAGAGAUCUCGAGGAUGGCGACCACCACCCGCGGCGGCGGGACGAGCCCCGCGAUGAGCAUGAAGCUGCUGGUGGACACCAAGGCGGGGUGCGUGCUGUUCGCGGAGCCCGGCAAGGACGUCGUCGACUUCCUCUUCUCCCUCCUCGCCCUGCCCGUCGGCACCGCCGUCAGCCUGCUCGGGAAGCGCUCCAUGGUCGGCAGCGCCGGCCACCUCUACGCCAGCGUCCAGAGGCUCGACGAAGCCUACGUCCUGCCCGGCGCCGACAUCGACGCGCUCCUCCGCCCCGCCGUCCCCUCGCCGGCCGCGGCCUCCAACGUCUCCCUCCUCUGCUUGCCCGGCCCGUCGUCGUCGGCCGCGUCCAAGCGAUUCUUCUGGUGCGGCGAGGACCACAGCCGCAGCUACGCCUACCGCUACGGGCGCCCCGAGCGCAACUACGUGACGGACGCGAGCGGUGGCGCGUGCCCGGCCUGCGGCAAGCCGAUGACGAAGGAGAUGUACUGGGCGCGUUCCGAUUCCGGCGGCGGCUCUGGGUCUGGGACCGCCGCCACAGGAACAGCGAAAGGGUUCGUGCAGGGCGUCGUGACGUACACGGUCCUGGACAACCUCACCGUGACCCCCAUGUCCGCCAUCUCCAGCAUCACCCUGCUCAACACCUUCCGCGUCAGGGACCUCAGCGCACUACAGGAGAAGAUCGUGAGGAUCGGCUACAAGGAGGGCUUGGCGAUUCUCAAGGCGUCGCUGCAGUCCAAGACCGUCCUCACCGACGUCUUCCUCGCCCACAAGGCUCCACGAUCAGCUGCCUAAAUUAGGUUCAGUGUUAAGUGCUCUUGUGACUGUGCUUGGUGUUCUUCUCUUAUGCAAUGAUGGAUUGAUGGAUAUGAGUUCCUCCCGCAACUGAUCAUUAAUUAAUCAGGACCGAAUGCUUGUAGAGCAAUUGCUUA